CAAGCUCCACCAACGGAGUUUGUUCAGGACACGAAAAGGACGAGGGAGGGUGAAACAGCUCAUGCAGUGGAAAAAAAAAAAAAAAAAAAGAAAGGACGUGAAGGUCGUCGGAAUUCCCGAAGACAGACCGAGACGGACUUUUCCAGCCGGGAGUCGGUGUGCCACCAGGAGCUCCGCCGGAGCGCAUAAGAAGAAGCUGCGAGCUGAGACACGACAGCAGGUAUCUAGUGGAUGGAAACAAAAUGGACGUGACAAGAAAGGAGGUGCCAUUAUACGGUCAAGUGCAGACUCAUAUAACGCUACGAGCCAGAGCUCAUGAAGAUGCAGAGUUUUACGUUGUCGCACGAGGCUCGCGAAUGACACAUGUAACUGCAGCAGAAAGGCUUGACGACGGCCUGACUCUUUGCUUCACCGUUCCUGGUCACGACCGUGAGGAAGCUGUAUCCGUCACACCCUACAUUUGCAUAAAGGGUCAAAUUGAGCCGUGCGAAGGGAUGGUAUCCCUCGAAUACUUCAGGGAUGCUGCACAGGAAGCAGCAGAGUACCUGAGUGCAAGCCCUGACCAUCUUGAGUCCCAGAGUUACAAAGAGGUCCUGGAGAGGUUUCCGACACUGGUGCGAGCCUCCGAUGAGGAGCUCCCUGGCGAACUGUUGGACCACAAUGAGAAAUCCAUCCAGCUCAGACCUAGUUCAGGCGAUCUGAAGCAGCUGGAUGAGAAUAUUGUCCAGGCUGUGGCGAACAUGGAUUACCCUCAGCAGUGGAAAAACACAGACAGUCAGUCUGAAGAAGGUAAUGAAAUGGGAGAUGCUGAAAAUCAUCCCAAGGAACAUCUUCUCCACCUGGCAACACGAUUGGGUUUGGUCCAUCUCACCUGUUUCCUCAUGCACCAACGAGAGCCACAGAGGUGCCACACCAUGUUUCAAGCCCCGGCUGCGUAA